AUGCUUAACUUCGGUGAUUAUGAGUCUAUACGCUUAAAGCGAUAUAGGGACUUUAGUCGCAUUAAUUAUUUUCAUGUCGAUAUAUUUUGCUUUUCAUUUUUCAAUGACCUUUCUUCUUCAUUCCCUUUCUUCUUCAUUCUUUUUCUUUCUUCAUUCCCUUACUUCUUCAUUCCCUUACUUCUUCAUUGCCUUGCUUAUUUAUUCCCUUACUUCUUCAUUCCCUUUCUUCUUCAUUCUUUUUCUUUCUUCAUUCCCUUACUUCUUCAUUCCCUUACUUCUUCAUUGCCUUGCUUAUUUAUUCCCUUACUUCUUCAUUCCCUUUCUUCUUCAUUCUUUUUCUUUCUUCAUUCCCUUACUUCUUCAUUCCCUUUCUUCUUCAUUACCUUGCUUAUUUAUUCUUCUCUUCAUUCCCUUAAUUCUUCAUUCCCUUUCUUCUUCAUUCUUUUUCUUUCUUCAUUACCUUGCUUAUUUAAUCCUUUCUUCAUUCCCUUUCUUCUUUAUUCCUUUACUUCUUCAUUCCCUUUUUUCUUAAUUCUUUUUCUUUCUUCAUUCCCUUGCUACUUCAUUCCCCUUCUUCUUCAUUCCCUUACUUCUUCAUUACCUUGCUUAUUUAUUCCUUUCUUCAUUCCCUUAAUUCUUCAUUCCCUUUCUUCUUUAUUCCCUUUUUUCUUAAUUAUCUUACUUCUUCAUUGCCUUUCUUCUUCAUCGCCUUGCUUCUUCAUUCGCUUUCUUCUUCAUUCCCUUUCUUCUUUAUUCCCUUUCUUUUUCAUUCCCUUGCUUCUUCAUUACUUUGCUUAUUUAUUCCUUUCUUCUUUAUUCCCUUUCUUCUUAAUUAUCUUGUUUUUUCAUUCCCUUUCUUUUUAA